GCGAAGGGCAGAGAGAGAGGGAGACAGAGAAUCCCAAGCAGGCUCCAGCCUCUGAGCUGUCAGCACACGGCCUGAUGUGGGUCUCAAACCCAUGAAGCAUGAGAUCAUGACCUGAGCAGAAAUCAGGAGUCGGACACUCAAAUGACUGAGCCACCCAGGCACGCCAUGUUGUCUAUCUUUUCUCAACAGUCUUCAGCAAGAAGUUUAGUUUGACUUACUUAGUCUGCCAGUACAGAAGGUGUAAUUCCCCUGGUGAGGACUGAGGCUCAUGCCAUUGCACAGAAAUGGGAACCUCCCCAUGGUCUACUUCCAAGAUUUUGUGCUGGAGGGAUUUCAGGGUGGCCUGGAGACCCAGGCUCUGCUCUCUGCUGUUUUCCUGAACCCGUACAUGGUAAUUGUGAUGGGGAACCUCACUAUUAUCAUGGUCAUCACCUUGGAUGCCUGCCUGCACUCUUCUUCCUCAUCUGUCAUUGCCCCCAAUGCCCCGGCCAACUUCUUCUCCCCACCCAAGGUCAUCACCUGCUGUGCCACCCAGUUAUUCUUCAUCUCCUUACUGGUCACCACUGAAGGCUUCCUCCUGGGCGUCAUGGCCUGUGACCAUUUCAUGGCCGUCUGCAGCUCCCUGUGCUACCACAUCACCAUGUGCCACUCUGCCUACACUCACCUGGUGCUGGGCACCUACUGUGGAGGCUGCCUCAACUCUGUUGUGCAGACCAGCCUCACAUUCCGCCUCCCAUUCUGCAGCUCCAACUGCAUCAACCACUUCUUCUGUGACGUGUCCCCUCUGCUCCAGCUUGCCUGUGGCAGCACAGCCAUCAACGAACUUCUGUUUGGCAUCUGUGGGCUCAUCAUUGUGGGUGUGACAUUUGUAGUCCUCAUCUCCUAUGGCUACAUCACAGUGACCAUCCUGAGGAUGCGCUCAGGAGCUGGGAGACGCAAGGUCUUCUCCACCUGUGGCUCCCACAUGACUGUAGUGACUCUCUUUGUUGGGACUGUCUUUGUCAUGAAUGCCCAGCCAGGAGCCAUUGAGUCCAUGGAGCAGGGCAAGGUGGUCUCUGUCUUCUACACGUUGGUCAUCCCAAUGCUCAAUCCUCUCAUCUACAGUCUUCGAAACAAGCAUGUGAAGGAGGCCCUGCAGAGGCUGGGCCAGAGACACAUGGUCACAUGAAGGAUGUGCUGGUGGGAGACAGUGUCCUACAGGUUGGAUGGAGACCUCAGAGAGACACUGAAAUGUGAGGACCCCUUCAAACCUCUUCCACUUCCAGAAGGAAUUAGAUGUGUUAAGAAAUUCACUCAUUUGCGCAUUCGAUCAAUGUUGCUUGAAAGCGUUUAAUGGACCACAUGUUUACUAAGUCUGAAAUGUAUAAACAAAUAAGGAUGUUCUUCACCCCAAACUAAAUGUUCAAGGAAGGAGCAUAACUUGAAUCACAUGAAUAUAGAGCAAU